AUGUUGCCAGUUCAUUCUCUAGUUGUUAUCAAACUUACUGUAAGACGUACGCUCGCAUCGUUUCCUGGAAUCAUUUCCCUCGUGACCAUGGUGACUGCACGCAGAUAUUUUGUAACUAAACACUUCGAAGGAGACCCAAAGAGAAGUGAUUUCAAGCUUGUCGAGUAUGAACUACCGAAGCUACGGGAUGGAGAUAUCCUCGUCAAAGUAGAGUGGGUCAGCGUGGAUCCCUACAUGCGGGCCUACAACAACAGGUACAUUGUUCCAUACAAGGAGUUCGGUUACCAAAUUGGCAUAAUUCAGGAGUCUAAGAAUCCAGAUUACCCUGUAGGUACUCGUAUAGUGUCUCAUCAAGGGUGGUGUGAUUAUUACGUUAUGAACCCUGAUAUUAAAACUGGCCAAUACGAUUUUGGACUAGUAGACUUCGGACACUACAAGUUACCUGACUUACAGGGACUGCCAAUAUCAUACGGAAUCGGUGUUAUCGGAAUGCCUGGGGCGACCGCUUAUUUUGGUCUCCUGGAAAUUUGUAAGCCCAAAGCAGGAGAGACUGUUGUAGUGACGACUGCUGCGGGAGGUGUUGGGUCUAUAGUUGGACAAAUAGCAAAAAUUAUGGGAUGCAGAGUUAUCGGAUUCACCAGGAAUGAUGAAAAGGUGCAAUGGUUGGAGAAAGGUCUCGGCUUUGACAGAGCAUUUAACUAUCAAACAGUAGAUGUAACCGCAGCGUUGAAAAACGCAGCUCCUGAUGGAGUAGACUGUUACUUCGAUAACGUGGGUGGUGACUUGAGCUUUCUCAUCAUGAACCAGAUGAAUACAUGUGGAAGAGUUGCCAUUUGCGGUAGUGCUUGUUCUUACAACGAUGAUCCCAGUAAAAUGACACAAACAACCAUUCUUCAACCACUGAUUUUGUCAAAACAACUUAAAGUCGAAGGCUUCGUUGUAUUUCGGUGGAGUGAGCGAUGGCCCGAAGCCUUCGAACAGCUGAUCAAAUGGAUUAAAAGUGGUCAACUCAAAGUUAGAGAGCAGAUAACUGAGGGCUUGGACAAUGUAUUCGAUGCGUUUUAUUCUAUGCUCUCAGGAAAGAAUUUUGGAAAAGCCGUAGUCAAGGUAUAA